AUGAUCCGUUUGGCCAAGGUGCAGGACCAGUCAUUGGAAGCAAUCGAAUCCAGGAUGAAGGUAUUGGCAGUUCUGUUCUUUUGCGUGGCUGUUGCCUCUGCACUCCCGCUGGAGGAAGGUGCUAGCGGUGUAGAGCACAUUCCGAACGAGGAGUUCGGUCUGGAGCAUAUUCCGAACGAGGAGAUCGGCCAGGAGCACAUUCCCAAUGAAGAGCAAGGAUUCGAGAGCAACUGGCAGCUGGUGCCCGAUGGCGAUGGUCACCUGCAUCUUGUCAACACCGAUCCCUUCAAUCUGGGCAGCCAGGAUGAGCCAGCGCCACUGUUCAAUGCCGACGCCGACACCAUCUUCCUUCUGUUCACGCGCAACAACCGUAACGCUGGUCAUCGUAUCAUGCCCGGAAACGCGGGAACCCUUGGACCACACUGGAACGGUGGCCGUCAGACGCGUUUCAUCAUCCACGGAUGGAACAACAAUGGUGGCUCGGAAGUGAAUGUGCUUCUUCGCAAUGCCUACCUGGACCGUGCCGAUGUCAAUGUGAUCACCGUCGACUGGGGUGUGGGCGCCCAGAACCCCAACUACAUCACCUCCCGGAACCACAUCAACGCCGUCGGUGCUACCGUGGGUCGCUUCGUUGAUUUCCUUAACCAGAGCGGUGGCAUGUCGUUCAACAAUGUGUACGUGGCGGGACACAGUCUCGGUGGUCAUACCGCCGGUAUUGUCGGCAAGCGAGUGACCCGCGGUCGCCUGAACUCGGUCAUCGCACUGGAUCCGGCCCUGCCUCUGUUCUCCAUCAACGAUCCGGCUAACCGUGUCGCUUCGGGUGAUGCCAACUACGUCGAAGUUAUCCACACCAACGGAGGACUGCUCGGUUUCGAUCUACCGCUCGGACAGGCUGAUUUCUACCCGAACGGUGGCCGUAGCCAGCCAGGAUGCGGUGUCGAUAUUGCUGGUACUUGCGCUCACAGCCGUGCCUGGCAGUUCUUCGGUGAAUCUAUCCGUACGGCCCAAAGUGGUUUCAACUCGGUUCGCUGUGCCAACUACGACCAGAUCGUGAACAACAACUGCGUAUCCUCGGGAGCGAAUGCACGUAUGGGUGGAGAGCCUUCCAACAUUGGCCGCGGUGUGAAUGGUGUGUACUUCCUCACUACCAACGCGCAGAGCCCGUUCGCGCAAGGUUAG